AGUAUAAAAGUUCACAGAGCCAAUACCAUGAAGAGGAACUCAGACAGCUCUAACCACAUGAUACAAGAGGCUGCUGGUGAAAGAGAGAGCCCCGGAAAGAGAAUUUGCUGAAGAGGAGAAGGAAAAAACCCAACCCAAACCAAACCAAACAAAAAACCUGUGCGUGAGGGGGGAGGAAAAGCAGGGCCUUUAAAAAGGCAACCACAACAACUUUUGCUGCCAGGAUGCCCUUGCUUUGGCUGCGAGGAUUUCUGUUGGCGAGUUGCUGGAUUAUAGUGAGGAGUUCCCCUGCCCCGGGAUCCGAGGGGCACAGUGCGGACCCUGCCUGCCCGUCCUGUGCACUGACCACCCUGCCCAAGGAUGUACCCAGCGCUCAGCCGGAGAUGGUGGAGGCCGUCAAAAAGCACAUUUUAAACAUGCUGCACUUGAAGAAGAGACCCGAGGUCACCCAGCCGGUGCCCAAGGCGGCGCUUCUGAAUGCGAUCAAAAAGCUCCAUGUGGGCAAAGUGGGGGAGAACGGGUACGUGGAGAUAGAGGAUGACAUCGGAAGGAGGGCAGAAAUGAAUGAACUGAUGGAGCAGACCUCAGAGAUCAUCACGUUCGCGGAAUCAGGCACUACCAGGAAGACGCUGCACUUUGAGAUUUCCAAAGAGGGCAGUGACCUGUCCGUGGUGGAGCGUGCAGAAGUCUGGCUCUUCCUAAAAGUCCCCAAGGCCAACAGGAACAGGACCAAAGUCACGAUCCGUCUCUUUCAGCAGCUGAAGCACCCGCAGGGCAGCUUGGACACAGGGGAUGAGGCCGAGGCCGUUGGAUUAAUGGAGGAGAGGAGUGAACUGUUGAUAUCGGAAAAGGCAGUGGAUGCUCGAAAGAGCACCUGGCACAUCUUUCCCGUCUCCAGCAGCAUCCAGCGGUUGCUGGACCAGGGCCGGAGCUCCCUGGACAUUCGGAUUGCCUGCGAGCAGUGCCACGAGACUGGUGCCAGCCUGGUGCUCCUGGGCAAGAAGAAGAAGAAAGAAGAGGACGGGGAAGGAAAGAAAAAGGCCGGAGGAGAAGGAGGGGUGGGAGGAGACGAGGAGAAGGAGCAGUCCCACAGACCUUUCCUCAUGCUGCAGGCCCGGCAAUCGGAAGACCACCCCCAUCGGAGACGGCGGCGGGGCUUGGAGUGUGACGGCAAGGUCAACAUCUGCUGUAAGAAACAGUUCUUUGUUAGUUUCAAGGACAUCGGCUGGAAUGACUGGAUCAUCGCUCCCUCUGGCUAUCAUGCCAACUACUGCGAGGGUGAGUGCCCGAGCCAUAUAGCAGGCACGUCGGGGUCAUCGCUCUCCUUUCAUUCAACCGUCAUCAACCACUACCGCAUGCGGGGGUACAGCCCCUUCUCCAACCUCAAGUCGUGCUGUGUGCCCACCAAGCUGAGGCCCAUGUCCAUGUUGUACUAUGACGAUGGGCAAAACAUCAUCAAGAAGGACAUUCAGAACAUGAUAGUGGAGGAGUGUGGGUGCUCGUAGAGGGCCCAGCCCAGGGGGAAUGGGAGCAAGAGUUGUCCAGAGAGGACGGUGGCAAAAUGAAGAAAUGUUUAAGGUUUCUAAGAAAAAACCAGAAAAAUAAGAAAUUUUAAAAAUAAUAAACUAGAAACAAAACCUGAAACAGAUAAAGGAAGAUGUGGUGGAAACAUUCCCUAUCCAGGGCUCAGAGAUGAAGCAGUGAAGGAGAUGGGAAUUGAGAAGGAAAGGCCGAACGGAGUAUCCUUCAUUUCUUCUGAUAUCAAAGUGAUAUCAGUCGUUUGAGCAGGAGUAUGGUCCUCUCCUUUUCAGUUCCCUCUCAGGGUGAGCCUGGAAGUCACCUUGUCUAGUCUGCAGUAACGUGGGCUGGCACCACCCAAAUAGCAUCUAUAGAAAGCCAUGAAUUUGAAAGGGCCGGUUACAGGCACUUUCCCACCCAGUUACCCAGGUUGUAAGGUAUGUCUGCGUGACCCUCUCUCUGUGUAUAUCAGUGUGCGUACACACACGCUACCCCUCCCCCCCACACACAUGCACACAUGCCACAGACCCCGCACACUCAGACACCCUCCCCAGACACACACACAGAGGCAUUUCUACACACCCACAUACAUCCACGUCCUGGUAAGAGAACAAUAGUGUGCAGGUGGUCACACUUCCUUUUUCUGCAACAAAACAAAACAAGACAAAAUAAAAGCCAACAAAAAAAAAUUGAGAACAAGACUAGAAGAGUAAAAGAUCAAGGAAAAAAGAAUACCAAGUUAUAUUUCGUUAAGGUGCUUAUGAUCCUAGAACUAUGCAACCUAAUAGGUUUGAAACUGUUUACCUGAGAGAGAACAAAAAGAGAGACUUUUUUGUAUUGGAAGUAACCUGAUUAAUUUUUAUUUUCUUCAAGGAGAGAUACUUGAAAGGAAUAUGUUUGUCCAUGUGUUGGAUCCAAACAUUUCUAUAUUUUGUAAAUGUUGUGUUUUCUUUUUAUUGUUUACUAUUUGCACUACAAUGGUGUUUGACCUGUCCAAUCCUUAUUUAACAAGUAUUUUCUUUGGGUGGGGGUGGGAGGGUUAAAAGCUGCACUUAAUGUGAGCUAUAAAAGAACUGCUACAGCACACAAAAUAGCUAUUUUUAUUAUUAUAAUUAUUAUUAUUAUUUUGUACCUUAAAAAUAGACACAUACACCAAAGACAUUUGUGUGAGCCUUUAAACAGUCUGUCUGUGGUUGGUUAUCAUUCACCAUCAAUGAGUCAGGGGUUGAGAUUCAAGGUUGAGUAGGGUAGAUUGUGUUCAGGCCUAAAAGACCUGAGAAGUUUGAUUUUUGACUCCUUUUAUAUCCAUGAAACAGGACAUUUCAUACUGGAUGUACAGUAGUUGUACACUGUUGGAUAUCAAGUUUAAUCAAAUUCAUGAAAUGCUACAUGCUUGUAUAUGUAUAUAUACAUUGCUUGUGCAUAUGCAUAUCUGUGUGUAUAUAUACAUGUAUUACAUCAUGUCCAUACACAUUUUAAGCACUUCAGGCUGUCAUUUUUUAAUGUUUUUAAAGAAAUGAAUGUUUGUGUGCAAAACACAGUAUUUUUAAGAAGGAAAGGUUAUAGUUUUUGUUUUUACUCUGAACUAGGUGGGCACAUUUCAAAAAAUUUGUUGGGAAAAAGCCUGGAAAUUCCAGGGAAUAUUCAGCAAGGCCCUCUUUCAAUGUACAGAGAUCCCCUCCUCUUCCUUGUCCCCCAUUCCCAUCCUACAAGUUAUUCCCUGCUGGAAAAACAGGAAACUCCUGUUCAUCAAAGCUCUAGGCUGAUUUUAUUUUUUGCAGUUUAUAUUUAUUAUCUAUUGGAAUCAAUCUUAAAUCAGAAGCUUUUCCAGAAAAAAUAUUUAAUUUUUAGUCCAGAAUAAAAGAGUUAAGUGCAAUUUUUAAAAAUGCUUAAGGCCUGAUUGUGAGAAAUAUUUGGGCUAAGUAAUGUCAUCACUAGUUAAAAGAUAAAUAAUUUGGGAGAGGGUAUUAAGAGAGUAGAACUAAGGAAGAGAAUAGUUAAGAGGAGGCAGGAAUGGGAGCAGGAGUAAAAACCCCUAGUAUAGCCCAAUUUCUUGAUGUAUAAGUUGGUAUGUAUUAAUUCAGAUGCAAAUAUCAAAGUACAUGCUUAAAGCUAAAUUCUUACUAGUUUAUUCAACAGUAUUUAGCUUGCCUAAAACAUCUCUAAGUUAAUCAUUUAUGUGCUUUUAAAAAAAUACAGAGCCUUAUUUUUACUGAUUUGUUUGCCAAAAUUUAAAAAUGCUAAUAAUUGGGGAAAAUUACAGUCAUUAAUGUUUUGUAUAAUAUUGAAACCUCAGCCCUAUGUCAAUUCAUAGGUUUUAAAAAUAAUUAACUGUAGAAAAUAAAAUAUUAGUGAGAAACCAAAUGUUACCAAAGGUGGUUUAGCUGUUGUAUUAAAUCAGUGUAUGGUAACACUAGGCUGUAUGUAGGCAAAUCACUUUAAUGCCAUUACCUGGCAGAUAUACUUACUACACUGUAGACAUUUACGAUUUCUUUUGCAGGAAACAGCAUGUACUGCACAAGAGUGGAUUCUAGUUAUGAGAGGGAGAGCAUGCACAAUUGGUGCUGACUUCCUCCCUCUUAACCACUCACCAGGAAGUCAGUCAGGUGGGGAAGUGGGUGAGGUGAGGAAAGUUUUAAGGAGAGGAGUAGGUGUCGAUGUUCAUAUUUUACAAAUUUUCAUAAAAAAAAGUUGAAUGUUGAGGGCCUUUUGAACUGCCUCUUAUUUGGUACUGGACCAAAAAUAGAGUGGGAGAGUGGGGAACCAAGUGCUAGUUCAUUAUGCAAUAGCAAAGAUGACCAAGGCCAUGGAUAAAGCAAGAGGUUACAAAAACAGUUGACAUACAUGCCAUAUGGAAUAUAUAUGCCAUGUUUUUAAGCCCUUUAAGUCCUCAACACAUUGGGGGUGAGAGGGAGUUUUGCUUGGUGGCCACAGUAAUUAUAAGCAGAGCAAAAUGAGAUUCCAUAUGAGAAUAUUUUAAUGGGAUGAUUUAUUUUAAAUUAAUUAGGUUAUCGCACACUUUUAAACUUUAACCUAUUUCAUUAAAUUUAAAUGGCCUUGAAAUAGAAAUUGCUAAUACCUUUAAUAAUCUUGGAAGAUAUGCAGCCUUGUGAACAACCAUACUUUUCAUGUAGCAGCAUGAGACCAAAAGAAAAAGCUUUUAAAUUCUACCGUAUUGGGUUUUUCAUAGUAUGUUUUCCUUGAUCUAAUCUUAGCAUCUCUCCAUUCUUUCUCUAGAGCUAAUUUCUAGGCUCUUAAAAAUCUACCCACACCAACUUUAAAAGCUCUGAAAAGCAUUUGUCACCAAAUAUCUUUGAAGAAUGGCAACUAUUUUGUACAUUGCAUUGGAACUUUUGCUCUUUUGCUAAAAAGUAAGACGAGUUUCAGCACACUGAGUUGGAAUUUUCUUGUCCCUGAAGACCAAUCAAUUUCUUAUUUAUUUAAGAUUGAUUCCACACUCUGUUUUCAAGGAGAGCGCCCGCAUUCUCCUCUUCUGUAGAGCAAGGGAACUUUUAUUUCACCCCCAUGGGACUGGACCUUGAGGUGGCUCUAAAAAAUGAGAACUAAAACGCCUCAGUUGUACUGAGCUUAGAUUCAAAUGAUCAUGUUCACUUGAAAAAAAAUAUUUCCUGUGGGCCUUUUGGCAACUCCCCUUUGCAAUGUAAAGAAAAACUUAGUCACCCUGAAAACCUACACAAUAAAUGAAACUUGUAGAUGUGGGCAGAAGGUUUGGGGGUGGACAUUGUAUGUGUUUAAAUUAAACCCUUUGUCACUGAGAAGCUGUUGUAUGGGGUCAGAGAAAAUGAAUGCUUAGAAGCUGUUCACAUCUUCAAGAACAGAAACAAACCACAUGUCUCAGCUAUAUUAUUUAUUUUUAUGCAUAGAGUGAAUCAUUUCUUCUGUAUUAUUUCCAAUGGGUUUUACCCUCUAUUUAAAUGUUUUGAAAAAACAGUGCAUUGACAAUGGGUUGAUAUUUUUCUUUAAAAGAAAAAUAUAAUCAUGAAAGCCAAGAUAACCUGAAGCCUGUUUUGUUUUAAAAGUUUUUAUGUUCUGUGGUUGAUGUUGUUUGUUUGUUUGUUUUUAUUUUGUUUAUUUUUUUGACAUACUACAUGCAGUUCUUUAACCAAUGUCUGUUUGGCUAAUGUAAUUAAAGUUGUUAAUUUAUAUGAGUGCAUUUCAACUAUGUCAAUGGUUUCUUAAUAUUUAUUGUGUAGAAGUACUGGUAAUUUUUUAUUUACAAUAUGUUUAAAGAGAUAACAGUUUGAUAUGUUUUCAUGUGUUUAUAGCAGAAGUUAUUUAUUUCUAUGGCAUUCCAGCGGAUAUUUUGGUGUUUGCAAGGCAUGCAGUCAAUAUUUUGUACAGUUAGUGGACAGUAUUCAGCAACGCCUGAUAGCUUCUUUGGCCUUAUGUUAAAUAAAAAGACCUGUUUGGGAUUUA